CUCUCUCUGUAUCUUAAUAUCAAUCUAUCUGCCUCUCCCACGCACUCUCUUGAAAUCUUUGUGAUAUUGUCUCUUUGUUCCUCACUUUUGUUUCGCUCUUUAUCGCGAGAUCGUGAAUUCGCCAACAGUGCGUGUUAAGGCUUGAGGCCCGGUUGCCUCAUCGGAACAAAGUGUAACCGAGAUGGGACUGGGAGUGACUGGGUAACGCGUGACGUGGUGCAGCAGCCGAGACGAGGCAUGCGCCGACGACUCGCCACCGUGUGACCCUGGCUUCAUCGCUGCGAUGAAUAGUGCCCAAGUGCGGUGGUGUUGAGACUCGGCUCGUUUACCGUCGCGCCUCGGCGAUCGAUAAUGUGUAGUACGGAGAUGACGGAGGCCGCCUACACGAUGUCGCCGUCCGCGGCCUCGUCCACGGCCUCCUCCGGGGACUGCUUGGGUUCACCGGGACUCCGUGGCCCGACCGCUCGUGAGUUGCCCGAGGACGAAGACGAGAUCUCGGUAGGUUGCCCAAGUCCCUUGCCGCUAGUCGUCGCAGCGGCUGGGCCCCCGGAGGAUGCGGACGGCCACAGGCGAGGGGAUUACGAGGAUCGAUUAAGCCCCUCCGCCCUUGAAGAGGAGGACGAGGAGGACGAGGAGGAGGAGGAGGACAGGUACUCGCGAGACGGAGAGUCAGCGUUUACGCGCGAGAUCACCUCGUUGCGUGAAGUAGACGAUGAGGAGGAGGAGGUUGUGCGGGAGGACGUCGCGACAGCGACAACGCGAAGAGCCCGGAUCGCGACCAACGGCCCGGACGACUAUUUUAAGCCGCUCAAGAGGUUGAAGAUGGUGCAGGUACAGCAACCACAAUCCGAGGACGAGGAGGAGAGCCGCGAGCGCGAGGCCUGCGAACGAGGUGUCAAGUCGUUUAGUAUCCUCGACAUCCUGUCGCACAGACCGAAGGCGAAGAUCGUGCGACCCUGGGACACAACGGAGAGCAACCUCGGGCAUCAACAACAACAACAACAACAACAACAACAACAACAACAACAACAACAACAACAACAACAACAACAGCAGCAGCAGCAGCACCAACAGCAGCACCAGCGACACACACAUCCGCAGCAGCACUUGCAUCAUUCGGGUGCCAGGGAUCUUUCCCUUAUUGGCAUGUCCCUGGCUUCCAUUUCCGGCUCCGUUAGCGAACCACCACUCAGUAGUUCGUCAUCCUCGGGUCGGAGUUCCGUCUCUGACUCCGGCAGCCCGGAUCCCCUCGUUCAUCAUCACAGUGUACACCACGGGCUCCACUCGGCACUCGGGCACCCGGGGCUCCAACAGCAGCAGCAACAGCAGCAGCAACAUCAUCAUCAUCAUCAUCACCACCACCACCACCAACAGCAGCAGCAACAACAGCAGCAGCAACAGCAGCAGCAGCAGCAACAACAACAGCAGCAAUUCAAAAGAAAAAGCUCACAGCAGCACGGAUCACAGGCGGGUCACAAUGGCAAAAGGACUCCUGGACAAGGCAGUCCACUUGACGCUCUUUUUCAAAUGACGAGCAAAACCUUUGACGCCGGCGAGCAUAGCCAAGAACAAGCCAAUCACCUGAACCUGUUCAACAACCGACAGCAACCGAAGAAGAAGCGAAAAAGCAGGACAGCCUUCACGAACCAGCAGAUCUUUGAACUGGAGAAGCGAUUUCUGUAUCAGAAAUAUCUGUCACCCGCGGAUCGUGAUGAGAUUGCUGCUCAGCUCGGUCUGAGCAACGCUCAGGUCAUCACCUGGUUCCAGAAUCGCCGGGCCAAGCUUAAGCGCGAUAUGGAAGAAUUGAAGAAGGAUGUGCAGACAGUUAAUCCCCUCCUGGUUGCCCAGCAUCAUAAGACCUUCCUCGAGAACGUUCAGGAUCUGGGAAUUCUCAAAAAGAGACCGCUGCCUACUUCCAUCGACGAUAAAUCAUAAUUCCGUCUUAAAAGUCGAACUGACGACCAGAGAAAAUUCUAGAAAAGCGCUACUAUAUACUGUAUUAAGUUGGUAAUACGAUUCUUAAGUCUUCGAGAUACUCGAGUGCUCCUCUAUAACAUCAUAACAUUAACAAAUGUUCCCUAGCGUUACAGACCAAAUUUACUAUAAUGACAUUGUUCAAAAUAUUGAAUGGCAACUUUAUACAUUAAGCUAAUGGACUUUUCAAAUGUUCAUUGUUCACAAAAAUAUAAAAUCUUUCAUUAUCGACGACUAUCAAUGUUCCGUAUUGAGAUUUUCUUCAUUGUAUAUUUUUCACUCUUUUGGAAUUGAUACGAUAAUCAUAAAAGUAAAUUUCUUUUUAUCUGUAACAUAAUGAUUUGCCAUACAAUAUUGGGAUGGGGAAGGGGGAUUUAAAAUAGCACGGUAUAACACUAACUUAUUAUACUUUAUAGAAGCAUUUGUAUACAUUUCUAGAAAUAAUUAUUACAGUUUUUCUCCAUGUAUCCUUGUAAAUACCGUUUAAUUAGUGUUUGAUGUUUUAUGUACCGAUCUGUCAGAGAACUAUUUCAUUUUCUUUCUGUCAUGUCUUUUCAUCUUUGCCGGUUACUCAAACGAAUAUUUGUGUAUUAUAGUGUAAUUACAGUCGCUAUCCAUUACGUCGAGGAUAAUAAAUUAUUAACGAAUUUAGCUCGUAAGUUGAAAUAGAGGCUGCUUGGUUCGGCUCGUUUGUAAAUAGAUUGUAAAUACAAGUACGAAGUAUACAUCUUUAAAUGUUCAAGUGCUCGAAAAAAUCUCCUUUUUGCAUCUAGGCAAAUUAAACUAGAAAAAUUAAACUUUAUAUAUAUAUAUAU